CGGGCGAGCCGCCGGGGUCCGGUGGAGUUGGGACGAGCUCGUCUCAGCCCGGGCGGAGCGGGGCUGCCCCGCCGCAUCUCUCUCGCCGGCGGCGGAGGAAUGAAGCGUCCAUUAAGUCCUGACCAUGUCUUUGAAGAUGGGAUUAUGAAUCAGUCAGCUGUUCUGUGGGGCUUUGAAGAAAAGGGACUGAGGAACGACGGACAGGACUAUCAAUUAAGCAAAGAAAAGAAGAAGAUACUAUUUUCAUUCUGUGAAGUGUGCAAUAUACAGCUGAACUCUGCAGCACAAGCUCAAGUUCAUUACAAUGGGAAGUCUCACCUGAAAAGAGUGAAGCAGUUAAAUAAUGGAAAACUCCCUACAAGUACAGUUCCUGGCACCUUGUUUGCAAGUACAAGCACAGCUUGACACCUGCACCUGAUGUCUUUGCAGUCAUUCCUGGGGAUUGCAGCUGAUGCUCUGGCACUGCUGCCCAGAGAAUGCUCUGAAGCCGAGAACACUUUAAGUUUGCUGGAACACACACUUUGGGGUUACCAUAUGGCAUAGGAGUUAAAACUCGUGUGUUUUUUAGCAGUGUGCUUUGUUUCCUGAACUGUAUAUUUGACUGCAUCCCACUUACUUUCUAGCUAUGCUGUUUUGCCCAGUGCAUGUUGAAACAGGCAUGCUGUUUUCAUAGCUGAAGGAUGUUAGUUCCAUAAGCAUUUAGAGGAAAAAAAAAUGCCUUGCAUAGGCAGUUUACUAUAAUUGCAUAGACAGUUUAAUAUAAUGCUUAAGAGACAGUAGGGGAACAAUGUUUACUAAAAUGUCAUUCUCAAAAGAACGCUUCUCAAAAAUAAGUAGAAAUUUAUUUUCUUAUAAAUUGAUGUUAUCCAGGCUUAGUUUUAAUCCAUGUCCUCUGGAGUGUUAUUAGCCCUUGUAAUGGGAGUCUGCCUUUCCCAUUUCUUUGGCUAACACUGUAAACAAUUAAUGGUGCAGAUGGUAAGACAACAAUUCUGUUCAUCUCACUUCACCAACAAACAGACUUUAUUCCACGUGUGAAGAAAACAAAUAGCCCUUCUCAUACCUCACUGUUACAACUAAGUACCCUUCUAACGAACCAGUUGGUGAGCAGUUCAGCAAGCCGCAGGAAGCUUUCUGCAAAGGUUCCUGCUAAUCUAUGGUGGAGGUUUUCCUUUGUCUUCACAAAAUGAAAGUGAAAUGAAUAAUAUUCCUGUUGAAAAUAAGGUAUUUCUGAAUAUAUGUGCCUGUAAAUGUAUGUUGACAAUACAGAGACCAGGAUUAUAGACCUGCCAGAACUGGUUUGAACCUGUGCAACAGAACUGAUCUCUGCACCACUGCUGCCUCCAACCUCCCUGGCUUCUGGUGGGCUUCCUUCCAAACAGGGAUGAACACGAAGGGGUCAUGCAGCAUGUUUUCAUAUCCCUCCCCUUCAAAGGUCCUCUCUGUGACGGGUGGCCUCAGGAUGUUAUAAAGCAUCCUUUUAACUGUUGACCUCCACUGUGUUUUAUGGAUCUAAUCCCACUUUGCUGCUUUUAACUUUCAGUAAUAGGUAAUGGUCCUUAUGGAAAAACUUACUAAGGCUACGUAACUGGAAUUCCAGGUCCUGGCAAUAACACUCUACAGUAUAUAGG